GGUUGUGGGCCCUUUUUUGUGAAUGAAGCUGCACGGAGCAGCCCUCCUGGGGUCCCCGGGAGCCGCGGCCCGCUGUGCUCGGGCGCCUCGGCAGCAGCGUCCGCGGCCGCGGUGGGCGCGCGGUGACCCGGGCAGCCCCAGCCGCCGGCGGCAGCGCGGUCGCCUCAGUGCGCCCGCGGGCUGCGGACACUGGGGGGCAGGCGGGGGCCGGCGGCCGAGGCGCUGCGGGAGGGCUGCGGCGCGGGUCCCGCGGGGGGACGCGCGGCGGCGACGCGGGCCGGGCCCCUCCGAUUCCUGUGCGGCUGCCUCUCCCGGGCUCGGCCGGCGCCCCGCGUCCCCGCUGCGCGCCCGCCCCCUGAGCGCCCGCUCGGGGCCGGCGGGGGCCUCGGCGGGCGCGCGCGCGCGCGGGGCCAUGGUCGUGGCCCCCUGACGGGCCGCGGCCGCCUCCAUGAAGCGGAAGAGCGAGCGGCGGUCGAGCUGGGCCGCCGCGCCCCCCUGCUCGCGGCGCUGCUCGUCGACCUCGCCAAGCGUGAAGAAGAGCCGGAGCUCCACGUCGCAGGACCUGCACCGCCUGGACCUCCAGGACGACCUGUACCUGGACAUCACGGAUCGCCUUUGUUUUGCCAUUCUCUACAGCAGACCAAAGAGUGCAUCAAAUGAACAUUAUUUCAGCAUAGAUAAUGAACUUGAAUAUGAGAACUUCUACGCAGAUUUUGGACCACUCAAUCUGGCAAUGGUUUACAGAUAUUGUUGCAAGAUAAAUAAGAAACUCAAGUCCAUUACAAUGAUAAGGAAGAAAAUUAUUCAUUUUACUGGCUCUGAUCAGAGAAAACAAGCUAAUGCCGCUUUCCUUGUCGGAUGUUAUAUGGUUAUAUAUUUGGGGAGAACUCCAGAAGAUGCAUAUAGAAUAUUAAUCUUUGGAGAUACAUCCUAUAUCCCUUUCAGAGACGCUGCCUAUGGAAGUUGCAAUUUCUACAUUACGCUUCUCGACUGUUUUCACGCAGUGAAGAAGGCGAUGCAGUAUGGCUUCUUAAAUUUCGACACGUUCGACCUUGAGGAGUACGAACACUAUGAAAGAGCAGAAAAUGGAGACUUAAACUGGAUCAUCCCAGACCGCUUCAUUGCCUUCUGUGGCCCGCACUCGAGAUCCAGACUGGAAAGUGGUUACCACCAACAUUCUCCUGAGACUUACAUUCCAUAUUUUAAGACUCACAAUGUCACCACCAUUAUCCGUCUGAAUAAAAAGAUGUACGAUGCCAAACGCUUUACGGAUGCUGGUUUCGAUCACCAUGACCUUUUCUUUGCGGAUGGUAGCACCCCAACGGACGCCAUCGUCAAGGAGUUCCUGGAUAUCUGUGAAAGCGCAGAGGGUGCCAUCGCCGUGCACUGUAAAGCUGGCCUGGGUCGCACGGGCACGCUGAUAGCCUGCUACAUCAUGAAGCAUUACAGGAUGACGGCCGCCGAGACCAUCGCGUGGGUCCGCAUCUGCAGGCCCGGCUCGGUGAUCGGGCCACAGCAGCAGUUUUUGGUCAUGAAACAAGCGAGCCUCUGGCUGGAAGGGGACUACUUCCGGCAGAAGCUAAGGGGGCCGGAGAUCGGAGCGCAGCGGGCCGCGGCCGCCUUCUCCAGACUGCUCUCGGGCGUCGACGACAUCUCCAUAAACGGGGUGGAGCGUCGCGACAAGCAGGAGCCUGAGCCGUACAGCGAUGACGAGGAAAUCAGCUCAGUGACGCAAGGGGAUAGACUGCGGGCCCUGAAGAGCCGAAGACAGACAAAAACCAACACCGUUCCGCUCACAGUAAUUCUUCAGUCCAGUGUUCAGAGCUGUAAAACAUCUGAACCUAACAUUUCUGGCAGUGCAGGCAUUACUAAAAGAACCACCCGAUCUGCUUCGAGGAAAAGCAGUUGUAAAAGCCUGGGCCCUCAGAGGGAAGGAAGGAAACGGAGAGCUUUGCUGCCAGUGCCCUGGGUGGCUUCAUGUCCCUCUCUAUCAAGGACUAAAACAGUCUUGCGUUAAAUAAAAGCCUGUGACCAGAACCGAAGGAAGACUGGGAACAGAAAACCCCAACAAGACGUAGCACAAUUUCUUUGGAAACUAAACACAAUUGCAGACGCCUUAGCUGCUGUCCACCUAAGAAGUCCGUUGGAAGAAGCAAAGGUCCUCUGGUCUCGGCGACGCGCUGAGUCUGGGGUCAGGCAGCGCGGGAGGCCCGGCUCUCCUUCUAGCAUCGUCUCGAGUCAGACAACAAAGACACCGUUGUGAACUUAGCCUCAGGUGUCGAUGGCCCCCGUGCCGUCCAGAGAGCUGCCCGGUCUGGGUGGCGCAUCCUGGCCCCGUGAUGACCAUCACUGUCGCCGCUGGCCUUCAGAAUCCGGGAGGCUCUGAGGGAGGACGUGGACGCUUUUGUCUUCUGUUCGCCCCGUGGCCCCAGCUGACGGCCCUGGCGUGGUCCCUCUCGCACGGAUGCUAUUCAGCCCGACCUCCUCCCUUUCCUCUUCGAGACACUGUUGUGACGUUCACUCUGUGAAGUACCCAAGCUGCUUGUCUUCCACCAAAGAGUGCUUUACGACGAGAACUGUGAACACCGGCCGCACACAGGUCGCGUGGCCACGCCGCCUGGCCCUUCGGCCACCCUGACCUUGCCGGAGAGCUUUAAUGGGAGCUUUAGGAAACUCAGGAGGAGAAACUGGUUCCCGAGUUUGGAGAUGAGUGUAGGUCCUUCCUUUUCAAUGUCGUUCAGGGACUGAAGAAUUGGAAGGCUGUGCCUUCCUGGAUCGCCCAUUAGACAAAUUAAAGCAUCCCCUGCAUGAACGCACACACACACUCACAAACACACUCAUACACACACACGGACGCACACACACACAAACACACACUCAUACACACACACACACAGAGUUGGACUUUGCCUUUGGAAACAGCAAUCCCACAUUGUGGCAACUUUAAAAAGAAAAAUGUCGACAUUCUUCAGUCUUUCUGUGCCACGUGGGAUUUGCUGCCUGUGUGACUGGCUGAGACCAUCCUAGUGGUGGGCGUUGCUUUGGGGCCUCAGCUGUGGGCAGUGAGCGCACUCGCUGCUGCCUUUGGUCAGGGAGGACAACAGAACUGUCGAGUGCCUUCUCCCCUCACCUCCUGGACCCCAGCAGGGGCUGUGACCACAGCAGUCACAGAAACAGUUAAUCUGCUGCUAAAAAAAACAAAAAAAAUACAAGCCCAG